CACCGAAAAAUCGAUCAGUGUGCAAUAUAGUCUGGUACUCAAGUGUUAAUUAUUAUUUUCAUAUUAAUUUAGUUAACUUUGUUUUUUUCGAUUUUCAUAAACAAAAAUAAGUAAACCUUACUUUAUAUUAUUUUAACAACAAAUUUUUGUUAAAAGUGGAUUAUUUUAUCAACACUAAACAAUGUUAGUUCUUAUUGCUAUAUUAUUAUCGACGUCGCAAGUGCUUGCAAAAUUUACUUCACGAUUCAAAGAUCCGAGUUUUCCACAGUAUCCAAAUGAUAUGAGAGGUAUACCAUUUAGGUUGGGCUCGAUGACACCAUACCAUCCACCAGAUAAGACAUGUGUAGCAAUAAGAGGCCAUUGUACGGUGAGACACGGAGCAAAAUUUCCGAAAGAAGAUGUACAAAAUGGCAUUUCUGGAUUGAACUUUAUACAAGACCAUCUUAAUACACAAUAUGAAGAUGAAAAUAAAUUAAAUGCCUUACCCCCAGAAAAUAAAGAAGUUGUUCAUAAAAUAAUGAAAUGGGUAAAUAAAACGUCUGAAAAAUCAUCAAAGGAAAUAAACGAACAUGGUUUACUAACUAUGUACAAGUUAGGGCGUAGGUGGAAUUCUCGAUUGUUAAAUAUAGUAACAAGUAUUAAAAGUGAAAAAGAUAUAGAGUUUAAUUCAGCAAAAGAACAUAGAUGUAUUGAAAGUGGUCAAGAGUUUUUGAAAGGGUUUCUCAAAAUUCAAAAAGAAAAAGAUUCAACUGUAAUAAAAAUACCUCCGGCUAAGAUCCCAGAAAUAGGAGGUGCCGAUCACCGAAUAAAGUUGGAUAAGGGUAAACCAGAGGUAAAAGGAGAACGUAAACCUAAAAACCCGGAUGAAGAAGAAGUGGAAAUUAAGUUUUUUAAUAAAGUGUGUCCACAAAAUACCUGUUAUCUAAUAGACAAAAUUGGUAAACUAUUAUUUCCAUCUGAUGAUGAGUGGAAAACAUGGCGUGAUAAAAUAACAAGCGCUAGGAUCUGGGCAAUGUAUAUGGCAUGUGCUAAUAGUUAUGUGUACGAGUAUUCAAAAGAAGAAGAAGGACAAGCAUGGUGUCAUGUAUUUGAUAAUGAUGAUAUAAUAAUGUUUGAAAACAUGAAUGAUUAUCAAUACUACGUUAAAAAUGGAUAUAAUGAUAUAAAAACUAAGAAUUAUGGUCACCCAAUGAUGAGAGAUAUACUGAAGUUUUUAAAUGAGAAAGAUACUGAAAAAUUCAAAUUAUUUGCUUCACAUACUUCAAAUUGUCUGAGUUUAAUCACCGGAUUCCGUAUGCUUGAAGACGAAGUCAAAUUAUCACUAGAAAAUAUGACAGAGGGUGAUAAAAUGAAUAAUAGAAAAUGGAAAAGUUCUUUAAUAGGCAAUUACGCAUGUAAUAUAAUGGUUGUAGUUUACGAAUGCGAAAAUGCCAAAUACAAAAUAUCAGAGGAAGUUUCAAUUUUUUUAAAUGAAACCCCUUUAGAGAUGGUUUUCGAAAAUGAAAGAACGUGUACCCAAUGUCCAAUAGACGAUGUUAAAAACCUAAUUGAAGAAUUAUUGAAUGAUUUACCAACGGCCGAAGAAUUGAAAGAAUACGAAAACUCACAAAAAGGAAAAAUAGUACAAGAGAAAAUCGGCGAAACAAAUAUUUCUGAAUCAUCAGUUAAAACUUAAAAAUAUAUUCAGUCAUUUUUUUAACAAUUAUAUAAUAUAUAAUUUUAUUUCAUAAAUUUACUCAAAUUAUCGUAAACAAUUAUUGACAAUGUAUAUCUAAUAGUAGGUGAAUGCUCUAGUUGACAAAACCUUUAUUCUCAAUAAAAUAAAAAUAAAUGCAUUUUAUAUUAAUAA